GUGUCUCCUAACCUCCCGACAGCCCGGCCAGGGAGGGCGGAGCCCCGUUUUAUGGAGGAAACUGAGGCAUAGAAUGUGUAUCAAUCAGCCUGAUAGCCCAGCCCCAAAGGAUAUAGGGGCUGCCCUGCGUCCCCUGGGGAGCAGUUCUCACCACGGACGAGGAAAACUUCCUGAAAGAUGAUUGCCAAUCUCGGCUUGUGGCCUAGUUCAGUGCAGGCAAGUGAGUUUGACUCAUCAGAUGAAGAGCCCAUUGAAGAUGAACAGACUCCAAUUCCGAUAUCAUGGCUGCCCCUGUCACGAGUGAGUUGUUCUCAGUUUCUUGGAUUAUGUGGUCUGCCAGGUUGUAAAUUCAAAAAUGUGAGAAGAAAUAUCCAAAAAGAUACAGAAGAACUAAAGAGCUAUGGUAUACAAGACAUAUUUGUUUUCUGCACCAGAGGGGAACUGUCAAAAUAUAGAGUCCCAAAUCUUUUGGACCUCUACCAACAGUGUGGAAUUAUUGCUCAUCACCAUCCAAUCCCAGAUGGAGGAACUCCUGACAUAGCCAGCUGCUGUGAAAUAAUGGAGGAGCUUGCAAUCUGCCUAAAAAAUAACCGAAAAACCUUAAUACACUGUUACGGAGGACUUGGGAGAUCUUGUCUUGUAGGCGCUUGUCUCCUACUAUACCUGUCUGACACAGUAUCACCACAGCAAGCCAUAGACAGCCUGAGAGACCUAAGAGGAUCCGGAGCAAUACAGACCAUAAAGCAAUAUAAUUAUCUUCAUGAAUUCCGGGACAAACUCGCUGCAUAUCUACCAUCAAGAGAUUCACUAUCAAGAUCUGUAUCUAGAUAAAAAGGAAUUUCACCUAGCACAUAUGUGACCAUGUCUGAAACUUGAGUUCUCUAACAUAAUUUGUUUUGAAAUGAAACUACUUGUGUUAUAACUUAGGUGUAAAUGUAUAUGUGCAGAUAUUCCUAAAGCUUUGACAAAUUUUA